UGUUCGCUUCUCGCCUUCCGUGAUAUGCACUGAGUUAAUACCGCCCUGCAGCAAUAUUUAAGAUGUCAGACAGAGGUUCUCAUCGCGGUUCCCCGCUCCUACCUUCAAGAUGCACUUCGCAGACUUUGUCCAAAUCCGCCUGAGUGCGACUUCUCUGCUCCUCUUCACUAUCUUCGGCCAGACUGUGAUCAUGGGUUUUGCAUGGGGCUUCACCGGAGCAAUCUUGUACACAGGGGUUCUCGCGCUACCUGAUAAUGUCGUUCAUCUGAUCGUAGAGCAUCCGACCGUGCUGACCUUGAUAGUCACGUUGAUCUCAACUGCCUUGUCGAUCACUACUUCAAUGUGCGGGCCAUCGAUUACACUGUUCAAGCUUCGUACUGCAAUAGCGCUGAGCAGGCCGACCUGGGUAUUGCGAUGGAGAUUUCUCAAGCUGUCGCUCCUCACGUUGGUAGUUUACGCGAUGGUCACAUUUCUGAGCACGAGUUGGAGCACUUUGCUCCUACCCACCCUUGUCGAAUGGCCUGUGGGAACCUUCGGAACCGAACUAGACUUAGGAUCUGCUGCCUUUGUAGACCAGUUGAGUACAGACCUUACUACCCCCAAUGCGAACUCCGUUCAAGCACCUGCUUUUGAAGUCUUGAAUGUCUUGACUCUCCUCAGUGGUACUGCUGCGGUUGACAUUCAGGGAGGUGUGGACACGAGUAGUAUGUUUAGCUUCAACGGAGUUUCAUACAAUCAGUCGACUGGUGGAAUUCUUCCCGCGAUACAGGAGUACUCUGGAUCAUCGGUUGUGCCGGGUUUUGACGUCGGCCUGGCGUUCACUGGAGGCCAAGUACCAGUUAAUACCAGUUUUGACUGGGCACACCUCGGACAUGAUUCAGGCACUCAAGGCAUCUCGAAGAACUACAGCAUUACACAGCAAGGUGUCACAGUAAAUGUUACAUGCCGGCCGAUCAACCGCAGCCAGAACACAUUUACUUUCAUCCCAACAGCGGUGCCAGGACCUACGGGCCUGAACAUCACGUUCCUGACGUGGGAGGUCGUUGCAAAUUGUUCAGGAAAUUUAAAUUCAAUAACCUCCUUCACCGUUGGCAACGCGAACGGUCAGGCAAACAAUGCAACUGAUGGAAUUCUCCCCACUGUUGUAUGUCCCGACCCAAACUCGACGGCAUUCAACCCAUAUAAGUUUAAUAUCUUCAUGUCUGGCUUGUACAAGUACAGCUUUCUGCCAACGAUCGUUUGCGAGGUCACCCCCUACCUGACCACAAUCAGCGUCACUUAUAAUGGAGGUAUCAUAUCUGUUGAUCGGAUUGGCACGUCUUCUGGCUCAACAAGCAGUUCGAAUUUUCCUUUAUCUCAGUACAUCGCGACUGUGAUGAAUUAUCAGGCGGCGUCAAACCAAGCCGUAACUAAGAAUACAAUUGGUGACUUUUUGACCGCGUACGGUACGAGCAAUGUAUCAGUGAUGUAUAGUGAACUGGAAGAUUACUGGCGCGGUAUUGCGGAAUUCUCCUCUACUCAACUUCGAUCCGGAUACUCUGCUUCUGGAGUUCCGUCGAAUAUGGCAAGGUCGACGAGCGGUACGAUGUAUAUCACGACGUACGGCUGGCAAAGCCAAUCCUACACGUACAUUUUUCUGUUGGUGGUGCUCACCGUGAUCUGGGGCGCCACCAUAUUGGCCGCCGGGUACAGCCUCAUGCAAGAAAAACCCACUGCCUCCGAUCCAUCUUUCGACUUUUCUGAUCCCGUUGAUCUGAUCAUCGCGGCGUCUGGCGGAAGACUUGAAUCACAGCUAUGUGAUGACGAUGAAGACCAGGAAGACUAUAGGGAGGACAUCAUCGUUCGCUUUGAGGAUGUAACUGACGAAAUGGGGAAGAGAAUCAGCAAGAGACUGGUCACUGUGGUUCCAGGUUCUCCGCCACGCACUGCGACCCCUUGA